AUGUCAAAGGAAUCAAAACUUGAAGAUAAUUACACAUUAUCGUCACUUCGACUACAAUCUCCAAGCAAACAAGAAAUAAGCACCACUACCACCACGACAAAUGAGCAGCACACUGAAAAUUCUGUAAAAGACUCUUGCGUUGUUUCCUUUUUCAAAUCCUUUCAAAUUGAAAAAAAAGGGUUUGAAAAUGGUGAGAUUGAAGUUUUAACGCCCGAAGAUAACUUACGUCCAUACCAAGUUAAAUUGAUUGCGCUAGCAUCAUGUAUUGGUUCAGGUUUAUUUAUAAGUAGUUCAUCAGUCAUAUCCGAAGCAGGUCCAGGUGGUGCUAUUAUUGGAUAUGUGAUUGUUGCAUUUUUGAUUUUCUUGGUUGUUCAAGCUUUGGGCGAGUUGACAAGCUCCUACCCAGUAAGAGGCAAUUUCCUCAUCUAUAACUCGAGAUUCAUAGACGAGUCAUGGGCUUUUGCAAUGAAUUGGAAUUACUGUUUACAGUGGAUAGUUACUAUCCCCUUGUCUUUGGUUUCCGCUUCUUUAACAAUAGAUUUUUGGGAUAGUCUGAUUAACCCAGCAGCAUGGAUAAGUAUCUUUUGGAUAGUCAUUUGUGUAAUCAAUAUCUUUGGUGUUCGUGGUUAUGGCUAUGCUGAAAGUUUUUUUUCAAUUGUUAAGUUAUUGGCCAUUGUUGGAUUUUGCAUUUUGGCGAUUAUUCUUAUUGCAGGUGGUGGUCAACAAGGGUAUAUCGGUGGUAAAAACUGGCAUCCACCAUUUGUCAAUGGAUUUAAGGGAACUUGUAAUACCCUUGUCAAUGCAGCAUUUAGUUUUUCGGGUACAGAGUUGGCCGCAGUUGCUGCUGCAGAAACAUCAAAUCCUCGAAAAUCAUUAUUGAAAGCAACUAAGCAGAUUUUUUGGAGAAUUGCUCUUUUUUACAUGUUGUCUAUUAUAUUGCUUUGUUUUUUGGUUAGAUACGACGACCCGGGCUUAGCGGGAAAUUCAGAUUCCUCAACUUCCCCCUUUGUUAUUGCCAUUACAAAUGGCGGUAUUAAGGUCCUACCAUCUAUUUUCAAUGUCGUGAUUCUCCUUUCUGUUUUAUCGGUUGCUAAUGCUAGUGUUUUUGCCACUUAUAAACCAUUGGUGGCACUUGCCGAGGCCGGUCAUGGACCAAAGUUUUUGGCGUAUAUGGAUCGCAAGGGGCGACCAAUUUUUUCAAUUUUGAUCGCAUUGGCAUUUGGACUAAUUGGGUUUGUUUGUGCCUCGAAAAGCCAAGUCACCGUUUUUAAUUGGUUGCUCUCUUUGGCUGGAUUGUCUUGUAUUUUCAUUUGGUUUUCCAUAUCCUUGGCUCAAGUGCGUGUCAAUUACGCUUGCAAAGUUCAAGGCGUUCAAUUGGAUCGAGCUUUCAAUGCAAUUGGUGGAGACUAUGGUGCUUAUUGCUCAAUGAUUAUCAACGUUUUGAUCUUGAUGGCUCAAUUUUAUGUCGCAUUAUUUCCAGUCGGAGGCAAACCACCAUUACAAGCAACUACAUUUUUCCAAGCAUAUUUGGCUGCUCCCAUUGUAUUAGUUUUUUAUGUUGGUCAUAAGAUUUGGACUAGAAACUGGAGAUUGUAUAUCAAGGCCGAGGAUAUCGACUUGAUGACUGGAAGAAACCUUGUUGAUGUCGAAAUUACAAAACAGGAAAUCUACGAAGACGAAAUGAACUGGAAACUGAAACCCUUUUGGUACAAGGCUAUUCGUAUCUGGUGUUAA